GAACUGGCACACUGCAGCAAUGCCAGGAUCUUGGAAGCCUACGCCAAACUGGAGAGAGUUCCUUGCUGACUGCCUGGAGAUUUCCGUGUCGCUUGUCUGAGGUUCCUGUCCUGAUGGAGAUUCUGGAUCCUGUGUGUGAGCAAAUGGAGAGGAGCUGUACACUGCAGGCAGCUGAGAGCAAGAGGCAUUUAAACACUGGAGCCAGGCUGUGGGGUCGGGUCCGCAGUAAAUUACUCGGAGCAAAGCUGGACACACGCACAGCCCAAAGCAGAAACUGGCAGACCACAAUCAUCGAAAUGAAUGGGAUUGAAGUGGAGUUAUCGAUGAAAUUCACCAGCCGUGAUCUGAGUCUGAAACGAACCCCAUCAAAAAAGCAGAGCGGAGUGUUUGGUGUGAAAAUUAACGUUGUCACAAAGAGAGAACGCUCAAAGGUUCCCUAUAUCGUCCGUCAGUGCAUCGAGGAGGUAGAAAAACGAGGGAUUGAGGAAGUGGGAAUCUACCGGGUGUCUGGAGUAGCCACAGACAUUCAGACCCUGAAAUCUGCCUUUGAUAUGAAUACCAAGGAUGUGCUGGUGAUGUUAAGUGACAUGGACAUUAACGCCAUCGCCGGGACACUGAAGCUGUAUUUUAGAGAAUUACCAGAACCACUUCUUACCGACAGACUCUACCCAGCAUUUGUGGAAGGGAUUGCAUUAUCGGACCCAGCAGCCAAGGAGAACUGUAUGUUACACUUACUGCGUUCACUGCCAGAGCCCAAUUUCAGCACUCUGCUCUUCCUGCUCGAUCAUCUAAAAAGGGUUGCAGAGAAGGAACCUGUGAAUAAAAUGUCUGUACACAAUCUGGCAACAGUGUUUGGUCCCACCCUGCUCAGACCAUCAGAAACAGAACACAAAGUGCAUGCCAACAUUGUGUCCGACAUCUGGUCUCAUGAAGUCAUGGCACAGGUGCAGGUUCUGUUAUAUUACUUGCAGCAUCCCCCAAUCUCCAUCACUGAACUCAAGCGAAAUACCCUCUACUAUUCCACUGAUGUGUAGAGAUCCUAUGUUGGGACCCUCGGAAUCCUUCAACUCGAGACAAUUGACCAAAAUAAAAUGAAGAUGAAGAAUCCAUCACAUCCCGUUUGAAGUUUGACCUUUAUACUGCUAUAUGCCUGGUGCAAGAUGGGGAAGCCGCCCUCUAUCGUCCUGUCCUGUGUAUAUGUGUACAAGCACUGUUGGCUGCCCAUCCCUUGCAUUGCGUCCUUCGCAUGGUGCAUUUGUCUUGUUUACUCCUGGAGCUCCAACCUCCUGCUCCUGGAUCGACUGUAGUUGCACGAACAUUGAGACUUUGGGGCAGCAAACAGUUCAUAACCAGCAGGGAGCAUCAGCAGGAGUCUGUGUAAGGAUCUGUAGUGGAGUGUGCAUCAACAGUGGCAUUGACUGUGAAUGGCAUUUCAUACACUCCUCUGGUUAAUAGUAACCUUUUUGCUUGAUAAUAAAUUGUUUUACACCUGUAGAUUAUUCUGACCCGCUGUGGGUCACACGUUCAUGAUAAAUAAAAGUAACGUAAUAUUUGCAUAAAA